AACCAGUCAUAACAAACCGGUAUCAUUACACAUGUGUACAUGUAUGUCCUGAUUCUUGAUUCUUGAUUUUCCAACUCAUACAACAGGAUGCCGUUUACCAUUUGUCCAUUUGACCACAGAGUUAUAGCUGCAGGGUCAUUGUCUAUUACUACUGGAAUCGCAGUAUUUACGACUUAUAAAUGGUUAUCGGAAAGAAGACGGAGAGCUCAAAGUAACGUUUAUGAAUCGGAAAAAUUAGUGAACGAAUACCUUGCUUUUCAUUUUGCAAAUGAGAAGAACAUUCGCCUAGAUCUUAUUCCUGCAAGUGCUCUCGACUUUCCUAAACGAUGUGCAGAUUUGUGUCUAAAACACUCAGAGACUCUUUUGAAGUUUAAUUCUGUUUCACGAGCAUUAGAUAUAGGUUGUGCAGUUGGUCGAUCAUCGUUUGAAUUAGCCAGAAAGUUCCAGGAAGUGAUCGGUAUUGACUAUAGUCAAGCUUUUGUUGAUGCUUGUCAACAGUUAAAGGACCAAGAUAGUAGAAUUUACUUCAUCACAGACGAGGGAGAGUUAACUACAGGCUGUUCUGCUAAAGUUUCAGAGGGCAUUGAUAAAAGUAGAUGUUCAUUUCAACAAGGUGAUGCUUGCGAUCUUCCACAUGACAUUGGAAAGUUUGGAUGUGUACUAGCAGCCAAUCUAAUUUGUAGACUCCAUACUCCUUUAGACUUCCUCAAUAGAAUGGCUGAUUUAGUUAUUCCUGGUGGAAUUCUAGUGAUUACUUCUCCUUACACUUUCCUUGAAGAAUUUACACCCAAGAGUAAUUGGUUGGGAGGAUAUAUAGGUAAAGAUAACAAGCCAGUGACAGGAAAGAUGACCUUGAAAAAAGUUUUAGGACCAUCAUUUGACCUUGUAGAUGAAGUAGAUAUGCCUUUCUCUAUCAGAGAGACAGCAAGAAAAAAUCAGUUAACUGUAGCUGAAGCCACUGUAUGGAGGAGGAAAAAUGUUUAAUGUGGAAAUAAUAUAGUCAUUAUUACUUUUUGAAGACUGAUUAGAACAAAAAUUCUUUCGAAAACUAUCUUAACAGAAAAAUUAUCUUAAUUGAGUAAAGGCAUUGCAAACACUUCUUUAAUUCAUAGUAUGCCUGCUAAUAGUUCCUUCCUCAGAUGAUGUUUCUUUUUUGCAAGUUGCUGCUCAAAAGCCAAAUAUAAUUUUUAAAAUCAACUGAAAAAUGAAAAUCCUCUCAUAAGAAAAUUUAUUUCUAAACUGUUAACAUGUGACUGGUGAUAACAUUAGUUUUGUGCAAUAUGAUUGGACAACUUACACAAUUUUACAGGAGAUAUUUCAGAACAUACCUAUUUAAAAAUUUUGUAUAAAGGUAAUGAGAUGGAAUGCAGCUGGUAUGUGUCCUUUAUAAAAUGAGAAGAGUUAUUGGUAGUUAUCUCCCCCUGAACUACGAUAUUAAGGGGAGACAAUAAGUAGCAUCAUGUAAGUCAAAUUAUCUCCCUGGAUAGGGAAAUAGCUUAAUCAUGUUUUUUUUGCCUUACACAAAGGAAUAUUUCCUUUGUAUAUUUUAGUUUGCAAUGGAUGAAAGUUCGAUAUUGAGACUUUGAAAAUUUUGCUAUCUUAUGGUCAAAGUUGUGUAAAAAUAAAUUGGCUUGAAUGUUUAAUGUUCUAUGUUUGUAAUACAUGUACAUACAUAUAUUCACUGUCAAUUUUCAUUGAGGACUUUUUACAUUAAAUCUGAACCAACCCAGGAUAAAGGGAGGGUUCAACCAUAUGUCCCCAUUCAAAAGCAUUGAUCAUCAAAAAAAGGGGGGAUUCCAACCCCAGGAAACCCCUCCCCCCUGGAUCUGUGACUUAUUGCAAAAACAAUAUUUGUGUACCUGCCAAACACUUUCCUUUUUCAAGAUAUAGUCUAACUUUUUUGUCAGAAUUGAUUUAUUAUUUUACUUGUCCUUGUCCUGAAUAAACAUGAAACAUUUACUAGUACCAGGGCUUCCAAAAUUAUUUUUAGCCAGCCGGACAUUUUAUAUAUUAUCCCGAUUUUAAUCCCUUAAGACUAAAUAAACAAAAGGCAAUUAUGGUAAUCAGUUGCCGAGUUGGCCAUCCCAAUGAUUGACAUUAAAAAAAAGAUAUCAAACUUUCUUUGAUUCAAAUUCGAAGUUCUGACGUAAACUGUUAAAUUGGCAGUGCAUCAUUCGAAGUGUGCAACAUCAGCGUACUUAUAUCUACUUAGGCUCUUUAUUUGUGCAAAAUAACGUUGUCAAAAACUACUUUCGUUUUUAUACCGGAUGUAAUUUUGACAAUGGUAAAACAUGGACCAGAGACGGAUAAAUUACUACUUCUUGUUAAACAAACAAAAAUUAAUCAAUCAUAUUUGUUGAAGAUAUUAUAUUGAAAUAUUUAAUUGUUACUGUAGUUUUUAUUUAAAACAGCAAAGCACAAACUAUGUGAAAUUACAAAGUAUUUCUCUGAAUUGUCGGUGUCAAAUGGGACACAUGAUAAAAAAUACUUUUAA